ACGUGUGGACGUGAUCGCGCGACUCCUCGCGCUGAGGAUCCUUUUCCCGGUUAACGUUAAGAAGAAGGAUAACAAAAAAAUCCCACCGCCCCGGAGGUUGCCGGUAUCUCGCCCCGGUUCGGUUUGCGGAGAAGGUGACACACGGAGGAAUGUGGUGAAAUCGUUAAACAAAGUAAAAACAAAACCUUUCCCCCUUGGAACCCGAACCUUUCCCGUGACAGUGGAAAAAGCGUGUAUUUUACUAAGUAAUAAAAACAACAACAUACAACGAGAGCCCCACAGAGUGCGGAUGUAUGUGUGCAUGUGUGUGUGUGUGUAUGUGUUUGUGAUGGUUAAUCAAACAAGUGACAUGUAAAAGCUGUUAACGUCGUGCACCGCGACGCCCGCCCGUGUUUAUCGAAACGGCUGGCCGCUGCCCGCAGACCCCAGAAGUCCCAUCCCCGGAUGCGUGAUGUAGCUGCUUCCACAAUAAACCACGCCCUUGGUCACUUUUGGCAGCCGUGCAUCACCAGCCGUGGUUCACCUUACUGCCGCGUGCAGUCCGGAUGACUUUCAACCACGGGAACGCUUUGAAGGAACGUCACUACUAGGAAGAGACAACUGCUCCUACUGACAACUAGCUCCUAGUAGGCGCCGCUAGUUGCUACCAAGCGUUUUUGUUUUAUUAGUGAGGUGAAAGUGGAUAGUAGUGGUGCUGCUUGGUUGGAGAGUGUGAGAGUGAGGGCGCGCGGUAAAAUCAAUAACAUAAUCCGCCCUGAGCGGCUUACGCGCUUGAUUGAUCGAUUUGUCGAUGAAGCUGGCAAUGAAGCGGUACGGCCGGUCUUAGCCCAGUGAGGGUUGGGCAGAAAGAUGCAGCCAGUAGUGAUGCCGGGGUCGGGGUGAUAAAAACAAUACGUAGAAUCAACAGGAAACCACUUCCAUCCCGGGCCCCCUGGGGCUUUUGUUUACAUACAACUUUGUGUGUGAAAGUGUGAGUGUUCGUGUGUGUGUGUGUUGUUUAAUACACUAGCAUCCCCUUCUUUCCUUGACUUCCUUCCAAAACCGUCCUCGGCGCCAUCUUUCCCUUUCCAUUAGUAGAAUACGCUUCCCCGAAUUGCUGGUCACGCCCGUCCACAGCGGUUGUGCUCUGCGCUAUGCUAAAGGUGCUGAAAAAUUGGCCCCAAACAACGCACACCAACACGUCACGACGCCUGAAUUGCUUCAUUACUUGCCAUUACCCUGAUCUGUGUGCCGGUGCUGUGUUCAAGCGCACAAACACACCCAUAGUGCAGUAGCUUCACACACACACACACGCAAAUGUGCUGAGCUGGCCUGAGCAGGAAGCAGCAGCCAGCCAGCCAGCCAGUCGCUUUUAACAAUGUUACGUCAGUGCCAGUUCGUGCUCGUGGCGCUGGCGUGCUUCGCGGCUAAUUGCUCCGGCACCAGCUCGGAGUACUUAAUCAUUCGGCAUGGCCGGUCGCGGGUCCGCCACUCGAGCGAGAAGGACCACAUCCGGUGGGGCCUGCAAGUGUUCGACAACUUUACGCUGCUCGACUACGAUGCGGGCGGCUCGGGCAGCGGGUCCGGCAGCGAGGAAACCCUUCCCGUCAGAGAGUCACAACAAGGGUCGAAUGGUGGCGGUGGUGGUGGUGGUUCCCGCGGAAACACGCUCACGAUUCGGUUCGACGAGUCCGAAGAGCUGGAGCGCAUGAUUGAGCUAAGCGAUUUCGAUAACCUGCGCUUCGGCGGAAGCGCGACGCCGGAACCGCCGGCACGCCCGGGCACGGCACCGACCGGCCGGGAGCGGAAGCUUAUCAAGAAGGAGAUAAUGGAAAACAUUCGCCGGACGGUCGACAAGGGUCUCGAGUACCUGAAAUCGCACCACAACCUCGAUGAGGUGAAAAUCGAACUCGUCCCAUCGUUUCGGGACUCGCAGGCGGUGCGCAAGCACGCCGGUAAACGCAUCCCGUCCGACACAGCAACGAUUGACAGCAGCAAUCGUGCGGAAGAGCAAUCGAGCAGCAGCAGCAGCAGCAGCAGCAGUGCGAUAACCGUCCCGAUGAGUUCGGGGGUUGCUGCAGCUGGUCGGAAACCGGCGUUGCCAUGGGCGGUGGAGGACGGUGGUGCCGUCGCUAAAAGCGUCCAGCGCUCGCCGAGCGCUCAAGUGUCCGCAUCCAAUCAACGACUAAUCUCGUUAGACGCGAUUCCCCGCAACCCGCUGCUGCUGCUCAGCCCGGGCUCAACCCAGUCGCCCGGUGUGAUGGAUGCGAACCACCGUUCACCGUACGAGUGGCACCGAGGGUCAAGAGUUGUAUCGGAUGGGGUGGAUUAUCCUAAUGACAUGCCGGUGGCGGACGCGGCGGCGGCGGCGGCCGUUGACACCGGUAACGCGGCGGACGAUGAGCGCGAGCAGGAAGCGGAAGGCGACGUGGACGAUAGCGACGGGCUGCUGCAGGACGAUGAUCCGCUGCUGCAGGAGCCCGAGCUGGAGCAGGAGCAGGAAGAAACUCCGGGAGAGGCUCCGGACGCCGCCGACAUUAACAACGUUUUCCACAUGGAGGAGGACGAUCUGAGCGAGCUGGACGAGACGAGCCGCAACAACCGGCGCAACCUGAUGAAGGGCCGGGACGUGGUCACGCAGUUCCUGCAGAUCGUCGAGAGCCAGCACCUGCUCGGGGCGAACUGUACCGCCGGCACCGCGCUCAACCUCGGCGAGGGUGUCGUCGACCGGUACGCGCAGGAUCGGUUUCGCGUCGAGGCGGAAAUUGCCGUCAACCGGGCGAACAUGCUGACCAGAAUCUUCAAGUUCUCGUCCGCGGACGUCCAGGCGUCCGAGCACCUGUUGCACGCGUCCGUCCUGUCGAUGGUGGAGUUUGACGAUGACAUUUUUGCCGGCGGAAACUGCUUCGACUGGAACCAGCAUCCGGCCAAGCGGGGCCUGUUCUGCCCGUUCGCCUACCGGCUGCCGCCCCCGGACCAGGGCGCCUCGCUCGUAAAGGAUCUGGCGCUCGAGUACCACUACUUGGGCAACACCUCGGAAUGGUUCUUUCUGGCGCGGAAAAACGCCGAGAAGGUCAUCGCGCGCAACGAGCAGUACAUUAAAUCUUUUCACGUAUACACCAACAACACCGAACGGCAGGCGGACGAAAUCCUAUCGGUCAAGUACGAGGACGGACGAUGGUCGAAGCCGUACUACGACUGUGGCGGUGGCAAUAUCUGGAUGCUGACGUACACGGUACCCUUCUUCGGGUACGAGAACGGGACGUACUUUUUCAAGGGCACUUCUGGCAUCGAUAUCGAUUUAAGGCGCGUCGACAUUGAUCAGUGUCCGCAGAAGAACUCCCCAUCGGGGGCACCGCAGCCGCUCAACAUUUUCGCCGGCACGGACAAAUGCAAGCAGCGCACGACCGAGUGUACACCCAUCCCGGGGCUUGGCUUUCGGCGUGGCUCGUACCGGUGCAUCUGCCGCAAGGGCUACUACUUUCCCGACACGACGAUCGAGCAGAAGUACUUCAACGGCAGCACGCUGGAGGAAGAGUACGAGAAGCUUAUGCUGAACGAGUACAGCACGUACAGCAUCCCGAACUCGUACGAAUGUCUGCCGUGUGCGGAAGGCUGCGACUACUGCGAGGAUGCAUCGCCGUGCGUGGCCGCCCUGAACUGGCCGAUGCGUACGUCCAUUCUCGUGCUGGCCUGUGCCGUGAUCGGGCUGCUCCCACCAGCGGCCGUGUUUACCUUCAAGUACCAGCAAGUGAAGGUUGUAAGGGCGGCCAGUCCAGCGCUGCUGCGUGUAAUUGCAUUGGGCGCAUUUUGCAUUUAUUGCACGUCGGUGGUGAUGUAUCCGCCCCCGUCGCUCUACUCCUGCACCGCCCGCAUCUGGUUGCGGGAAAUUGGCUUUUCCCUGACGUACGGAGCGCUGAUGCUGAAAACAUGGCGGAUAUCGGUAAUUUUUCGUGUUCGGUCAGCGAAAGCGGUCAAAAUUACCGACGCCUACCUGCUGAAGCGCAUCGGUGUGCUGUGCGGUUUCGUCGGGAUAGCGCUCCUGGUCCGGACGCUGGUCGCACCGCCGGUAGUGAUCGUCGGCCGCACCGCCGACAAUCUGAAGGCGUUCCUGUGCAAAACGGAUUGGUGGGAUCAUACCUUCACCUCACUGGAGGUCCUGUUUCUGGCCUGGGGCGUCCGGCUCUGCAUCAUGGUCCGGAAGGCACCGUCCGAGUUCAACGAAAGCCGCUUUAUAUCGAUGGCGAUCUACAACGAAUUUCUACUGACCUGCUUCCUGAAUGUGUCAAUGUUGUUCCUGCAGUCGCCGGCUAAUCCCGAUUUAUUGUACAUCAUAUUUUUCUGUCACACGCAGCUAACGGUCACGCUACUGUUGGCUUUGAUUUUUGGCAGCAAGGUGUACCUGGUGUUCCGAGGCGGUGGCAAGCAUCAGGACGACCCGACCGGGCUCGGCAUCAAACCAUCCGGUGCCAAAUUUAUUAGCCGCUCGCACGGACGUACCUUUGCGAACGCUAGCAGCGUCACGACGUCGACCGCCCAGCUCGGGGCCAACAUGGCGAACGAAGGUCGCCUCACGGAAACGGAAGCGCUGGAAGAGCUGAAGCUCCUCUACACCCAGCUCCAGCGGCUAUACGAGCGCAUCCCGCAGCGUGGCGCCGCCAUCCUGACCGUCGCCAGCCUGAUGGAGGCGUGUCGGACCACCUCGCUGCGCCCACCGCCCGCCCUCGGUGCGCCCAGCCCGCUUAAAGCGAUCCAGGCCGCCGCUCCACCGGACGGCCUGUCGGUGGCAUCGGGCGCGACGGGCAUCCCGUCCCCGGCGCCCACCCCAACCACCAUCCUGCGGCUGGACAAGAGCACCAACACGAACACGACCGCAACGAUCCCGAACGGGUCGGUCACGACCGCACCGCCCGGAAAUGGGUCGAUCGUUCCGCUGCCCGCCCAAACACGCAUCACCAUCACUGACGAGCUGGACGGGCCAGAGGAGGCGGCGCCCGACCCCGCCCGGCCCGACUGUCUCCGAUCCAUCGAUGGCAGCGACUUCCGGCUCGACCACCAGCAGCUGCAGUGCAUGUGCAGCGGCGACGAGGAGCCGGCCCAGUACGGUGGGGCCGGCCAGCGGGACCCACUGUCCCGGUCGAUGGAGCUGACCGGCCGGCGCAACAACAGCAAUGGGUGCUGCUGCAGCUGCGCCUGCUGCACCUUGACCCGCACCGCACAGCCGCACCAGCAGCACGGCCGGCGCAACGAUAGUGUGAUAAACAAUUCCACCAGCGCCGGGGUGCUCACCGGUGCGGGCAGUGCGGUUAAUUGUAAUUGUAAGAUAAGUGGAGUGCACGUCAAAUCCGGUUCCGCUUCCGGGUGUACCGCCGGGUGUAGUGCAGGCGGGCGGCGGCAGGACGCAACGGUCGGGUGUGCCGGGCCGUUGCACAAAGCCAAACAGCACAGCUCGGAGCUGGUGCUCAACUGUCAGUUUGUCGAUAGGAGCAGCGCGGAGCACCGGAAGCAACAGCAGCAGCAGCAACCGAACUCAACACAGCAGCAAAUGCAUCCUUCCCCGCAUCACCAUCAGCGUGCCUCCAGCACCAGCGAGUGUGGUGAGUUCAGUACAAAAGCUUUCGAAUUUUGUGAUAAUCUGCUACAUCAGCAGCAGCAGCAGCAACCAGUCCGCCAGCACCAGCGGCACAACCACCCAUCGGGCGCCGGCCCCAAUACCCUUGUAGAUAGCCAGGCGACACAGACACAGGUGGGGGUGGCCGGGACGCUUGCCCAGCUGGCGCCCGCCACCGACGAGGCCACGAUCCGGUCGGUGAAUCUAGAAAAGUUUAACAAAUUGUACGCCAACAACAGCAGUAGGAUAGAUAGCUUGAAGGAGCACUUUCUGAUGCGGAACGCGCUCACGACCGCGCUGCAGCAUCUGGAAAUUGAAAACCGGUCCAGGGGCCAGGGGGGGAGAGCGAGAGGAAGGGAGUCGGUGGAGCAGGGUGGUGGUGGUGGCGUGACGGAACCACCGGCAAGGGACACAGCAGUACGAACGCAGCACGAACAACAACAAUCAAGCACGGUGGCCCCCGGUAACCCGGUCGGCCGGGAUGAAGCAAUCAAUAGUAAAUGCAAUAGUAGUAGUGAUAGUAGUAGCUGUAGUAAUAGCAGUAGCACCAGUGCCGGUGGUAGUAGCACCAAGCGAAACAACCACGGCAGUCGAAGGGGUGAAAGCAGCAGCAGCAGCGGCACCGGCAACAGUGCCGCCUCACCGGAAACGUCGACCGCCGGUGGGGAUGGUGCGGGUGGCGGGGAGGGCGGCAGUGAGGGUGGAGCGAGUGGCGAGGUGGGCAGCACCAGCACGAGCGGGACGAAGAAGAAAAAGUCGCCCGAAAAGCGGCUCGUUAUCGAUCUGAACGAUCGCUCCAAGUACACCGAGGAGGUGUCGGUGUGA